AUGACGCUCACUCUUCAACUGAAAGGAAAAAGAAACGCAACCAUUGUUAGCUGCUAUGCUCCUACCAUGACAAACCCUGAUGACAUCAAGGACAAGUUUAAUGAAGAGCUUGAUAAAAUUAUUGACUCCGCACCCAAACCAGACAAACAAGUGGUUCUUGGCGACUUCAAUGCCCGUGUCUGGUCAGAUGUAGACACGUGGGAAGGAGUCAUUGGCAAACACGGUGUUGGAUCUUGCAACAGCAAUGGUCUACUCUUGCUCAGAUUGUGUGCCCAGCAUAACCUUAGUGUAACAAACACACUCUUCCAGCUGCCAAACCGAAACAAAAUCUCUUGGAUGCACCCGCCCUCAAAACACUGGCAUCUUAUCGACUAUGUCAUUGUCAGGUCUGCCGACAGGAAUGAUGUGCGAGUGACAAAGUCAAUGUGUGGAGCAGAUUGCUGGACGGACCACCGCCUCAUAAUAAGUAGACUCAACUUUCAUAUUCAACCUCCUAGGCGCCCACAGGGGAAGAAACCUCCAAAACGUCUGAAUAUUGAGAAGCUAAACAAUGCUGACGUCAAAAAGCAGGUAGCAAGUGAGUUGGAUGAUAAACUUAAGUCAAUGCCUUUAAAUUCUGGCAACAUUGAACAAGACUGGGCGGACUUCAAGAACACUGUACACUCGACAUGCUGUACCUUACUUGGUCCUAAAACGCACUCUCACAAGGAUUGGUUUGAUGAAAACAACGAGGCUAUCGACAAACUGCUUGAAAAAAAGAAUAUGCUCUUAAAGCUGAACCUCUCAAAUAAAACCCAAGCCAACGCAGCUGCUCUACACCAGGCAAAGCAAAAGGUUCAGGUUGAGCUAAGGCACAUGAAAGACAAAUGGCUCAAACAAAAAGCCGAUGAAAUCCAGGACUAUGCUGACUCUCACAACUCCAAACGUUUCUACCAAGCUGUCAGAACACUGUAUGGUCCUCAGCCUGCUGGUACAUCACCGCUGCUAUCUGAAGAUGGAACCAAACUUAUCACAGACAAGUCUGGCAUUCUUGAUAGGUGGGCUGAGCACUUUGAGUCGGUUUUAAACAUGCCAUCCACAAUCAGUGACGAAGCAAUAAAUCGCUUACCUCAGGCCUAA